AUGUCUUCCAAAUCCGAGCUCGACCCUCUCCUGCCCCAGAACGAGCCUGCCCCGGAGAUCCAAGGCUAUGGCUUCUCCAAAUACAGGGGGUAUGAGGGCAUACAACCUCCGGAAGGUCAUGGAGGGUCUCCGAAGCAGUGGGACGGAGAAAUCCAGGCUGUGGAGGGCUACAGAGACGCCGAAGAGGAGGACGCGGAUGCCCAAUCUUUCUCAUUUGAAUCCGCCAAAUCGGCACUGAACAAGGUCGCGUCGAUUUUCUUCGUCGUGGUCUUCUUCGGCCUCGUGAUGACCUUCCUCAGCCCCGACGCAACAGGCCGAGAACAUGUCCCGACACCAAGACCCGUGCCCGUGCCCGAACCCCGUGGAACGGUCGAAGAACGAGCCUUGGCCAUCCUCGACCGCACCCCCUUGAUUGACGGUCACAAUGACCUGGCGAUCUUCAUCCGCGGCGCAUACAAGAACAAACUGCACACCAAGGCGUUUCGGGACAAGUUUGAAAACGGAAACAUGGAACUGAACGUCGACCUGCCGCGGCUGCGGAAAGGUCGAGUGGGCGGCGCAUUUUGGAGCGCUUUCGUGGUAUGUCCGGAUAAUGCUAGCGAGGACUUUUCGGAUGAGCAGUAUGCCACCGCUGUGUCGCAUACUUUGUCCCAGAUCGACUUAAUCCGUCGAUUGCAGGGCGUGUAUGCCGGUAACUUCACCUCUGCGACUUCACCGCUUGACGUUGCAUUGGCGAAUUUCCACACCUCAAAGCGCUUGAUUUCGCCAAUAAGCAUCGAAGGCCUACAUCAGAUUCCCCAGUCGGCGCCUCUUUCCACGUUGCGGUUGUACUAUGCCUUGGGCGUGAGAGCGGCGACACUUACCUGGAAUUGCCACAAUGCUUUUGCGGAUGCCGCGUUAAUUUCAUCUCAGAAUGGGACAAGAGUAGCUCCUUACCAUCGCGGUGGAUUGACCUCGGCAGGCCGUGACGUGAUACGCGAGAUGAACCGACUGGGGAUGCUCGUCGACAUCUCUCAUACUUCAUAUUGGACACAGAAAGCCGUGCUGAGCAACAAGACCUCGGCGGCGCCGGUCAUUUUCUCUCAUUCUUCAGCAUUCGCGUUAUGUCCACACCCCAGAAACGUGCACGACGAUAUUCUCGACCUGGUCAAGGAGACUAAAUCCAUAGUGAUGAUCAAUUUCAGUCCCGGAUUCAUUUCAUGCUUGCCCCCCGCAAACGAGAGUGUGUUGCCGAAGUUUUACGAGAAAAACAACACCUUGCAUCAGGUGGCGAGACAUAUCAUAUAUGUGGGCGAGAAGAUCGGGUAUGAUUAUGUCGGCUUGGGCAGCGAUUUUGACGGGAUGGGCGAGCUAACUCCCAAGGGGCUGGAGGGGGUGGAUCGAUAUCCUGAUCUGAUUGCCGAGCUGUUGCGGCUGGGUGUUAGUGAUGCGGACGCCGCAAAGGUUGCGGGGGGGAAUCUCAUUCAAGUGUGGAAGGCUGUGGACGAGGUUGCAAAGAGAUUGCAGCAGCAAACUCUGGAGGGGGAGGACGAAGUGAGCGGCUGGUAG